CCGAUCGCCGACCGCUAACUUCCGCUUUCAUUCAAGCCCCACGUACCUAUACUUCGCGAUUGAGCUUCCUUGUCAACAACAACAUGUACAAGCUUUGAGAUAGGCUUCGUAGCAGCACCUAGUGCUUUCAAUUUAUUUACAAAUUUCAAGUCGUAUCCGAGCUUCUUUCCCAUUCAGCAAACAUGCAGGCCGCCCUAGAACCUUUCCUCCAGGCUCAUGCCGACGAAGUUUCCUGGGUCGUUGUCGCCCAGUUAAGCCCUUUUGCGCCUCCAGAGAACCCAGGCCGUCUGUAUGACUUCUACCGAGCAUCGAACGAACACCAGAUCGAGAAUGAGGUCAGAUCCGCCCUGAAGUACAACAGGAAUAGUAGGCUCUCGAACAAGGAAGCUGGUGCAUGGAUGGAGAUCUUUGUUGCAUACUGGCGAGCGGUUGGAUUCAUAUUGAGGGCUGAAGAAGCGAGGAAUCAGGGUCGCAUUGAAGAUCGUCAAUUUGUCGACAUUUACGAUGCGUGGAAGACAAUGACGGAUUUGAUCGUCAGGCACAUCUCCAAUGGUUCACUCCCAAACUGGACCAUCGUCUGCAUGUACGUUACGGCCAACCACUUGAGGCGCUUUGCUAUCAGGGCGGACGAGCAACUUGCGCAAAGCAAAAGCAAUGUCACCUUUAGUCCAGGAUUUGGAGACGACAUCGUAAGCACAGUAGCGCGUAAUGAAAAGCUUGAAGAAGCUGCACGAGUGUUCAACAAAAUGUUCGCAUUGUGUCUUGGAGAUAGAAAUCCUGAUAUGCGAGAAUCGCGAAAAUGGGGAACCUACUAUGUGGCCAAUCUACUGUUCAAAACGUACUUCAAGCUCAAGAACGUCAGCCUAUCUAAGAACGUUGUAAGGUCUAUUGAGGCACAAAACGACCUCCCAGACUUCAAAGUAUACCCAGCAGCUCAUCGUACGACGUACAAAUACUAUGUAGGCGUAUUGGCUUUCCUGCAGGAAGAUUACACAAAGGCCGAAUCAUGUCUCACGGAUGCAUGGAAUAUGUGCCUGCCUGACUCCAUGAAAAAUCAAGAGCUCAUCCUCACAUACCUCAUACCAUGUCGUCUGAUUACAAAACACAACAUCCCGACGCAAACACUUCUAGCCUCAUACCCAGGAUUAAAGAGAAUAUUCGGUCCGUUGGUUUCGUGCAUCAAAAGUGGUGAUCUCGCAGGGUUUGAUGCCGCCUUGCUGGCGGGAGAAGAUACCUUUGUCAAGCGCAGGAUCUACCUGACCUUGGAGCGAGGCCGAGAUAUUGCCUUGCGGAAUUUGUUACGCAAGACCUUCCUUGCAGAGGGCUUUGAGGACCUCAAAGAAGGUCAAAGCGAAUUGGACCGUAUUAGGAAGACAAGAAUACCAUUGUCGCAUUUUGUAGUCGCACUGCGUCUACGAAGUAGCGGCCAAGCACUUGAAGACGACGAAGUCGAAUGCCUGCUGGCCAACAUGAUCUACAAGGGCCUCAUGAAAGGAUACAUCUCUAGAGAGCACUCAAUGGUUGUCCUGAACAAGAAAGGAGCAUUUCCAGGAACAGGAGUGUGAUGAAUUCCAUCGCUAUUACCCCAUCUUUGAGCCAAAAGAGUGGUAUCUGAUGCAGGUGGAGGAAUCAUGCAUCAUGUCAGUUUCCUGCGAGCAACCCAUGGGUUUAUUCAAAAGCUCCCGAGUUGUCGAUGGAGGAUUAUCCUUGGUGGAAGCGCCUAUGUCUCUAGCUUCUGAGCGCUUUACUGUAACAGAAAAAAAAAUCAAUAUACCCGCCGUUGAACGGCACUUUGCACUCCUU